UUCAGGGGUGAGGUAAAUGAUUUAAUUUGUCAUUAAACAAGGGGCUCGAAUUAUCAGCAGGGUUUUGAUAUGGGGAGGAAACAUAAAGAAAUCAAUUAUUUCUGUUAUUGAUCACUGUUGUUUGGUGGUUCCCUCGACAAUUGUUUCCUAGAUGUAAACAAAAUGCCAAAUGAAGAAAACGUACAAGAGAAACGAGUCGAUUGCUCAAACGUUUUUGAAGAAUGUGAAAACAACCCUAAAAGCCUGAUAGGAAAAGCUUACACUAUUGAAGAUGUUAAAAAUGUUUGGGAACACCUAUCUGGAUGGAUAGUCACUUGCUUAAAGAACAGAAAGAGUGUUAUAAUAAAACAACUUGGUACAUUUACAUUAAGUCAAUGGUCGCUGGAGACAGGAAUAAAAAGAAAAUUGACAACUUCAAAGCCGAUAUUUGUACUCUCGAAAUCCCUCCAGGAUGAUUUUUAUAUCUAUCAGAUCAAACACUACGUUGACAAAUCCGUUCCAGUUGCAGUAAUCAACUAUUGUGACAUCGCAGAAAAAUGCAACUGCAGUAAAGAAACAGUUUUAAACUGUUUGGAUGAUGUUGUGAAGUGCAUAAGAAGGCUCCUUUAUGAGAACCGUAGUCUGCUCCUUGAAAUGUUGAAUCUCGGCGUUUUCAAAGUGCAGGGAGGUGAAGCUGAAUUUGUUUUCACCAAUGAAUGCCAAUCGGUGCUCAAAGAAACAAAGCCAUAUUGUUAUCGCUUCAAACAAAGUUGUACACCUUAUCAUCCCAAGAGAAAAGUCCCCUGCGACUUUCACUCUUCCAUCAGACAUAUAGUAGAAUAAAUAAAACUGCCACAA